GUCCCUCGGAAGUGAUGUCACAGGCCCCAUGUGAGCGGAUUGCAACACAUGCAGCGCGGAGAGGGGGAGAGAAGCCGGUUUCCGACGUCAGAGCCGCCGCGAGCCCCGAGCCGCCCCCGCCGCCGCGCAGGGAGGAGCCGCCGCCGCCGCUGCCGGGGGGACAGGGCCUGAGGGAGGAGGCGGAGGAGGAGGAGGAGGAGAAGAUGGCGGACGACCCCAGCGCUGCCGACCGGAACGUGGAGAUCUGGAAGAUCAAGAAGCUCAUCAAGAGCCUGGAGGCGGCCCGCGGCAAUGGCACCAGCAUGAUUUCGUUGAUCAUUCCCCCCAAAGACCAGAUUUCACGAGUGGCAAAAAUGUUAGCGGAUGAGUUUGGUACCGCAUCAAACAUAAAGUCUCGAGUGAAUCGCCUUUCAGUACUGGGAGCCAUUACAUCUGUACAGCAAAGACUCAAACUCUAUAACAAAGUACCUCCAAAUGGUCUGGUUGUUUACUGUGGAACAAUUGUGACAGAAGAAGGAAAAGAAAAGAAAGUGAACAUUGACUUUGAGCCUUUCAAACCAAUCAAUACAUCGUUGUAUUUGUGCGACAACAAAUUCCAUACGGAGGCUCUGACAGCACUACUGUCUGAUGACAGCAAGUUUGGUUUUAUCGUAAUAGAUGGUAGUGGCGCACUCUUCGGAACUCUUCAAGGAAACACAAGAGAAGUCCUGCACAAAUUCACUGUGGAUCUCCCAAAGAAGCAUGGUAGAGGAGGUCAAUCUGCCUUGCGUUUUGCUCGUUUGAGGAUGGAAAAGCGACACAACUACGUGAGGAAAGUAGCAGAGACAGCUGUGCAGCUAUUCAUUUCUGGCGAUAAGGUGAACGUGGCUGGUCUCGUUUUAGCUGGAUCAGCUGACUUCAAAACUGAACUAAGUCAAUCUGACAUGUUUGAUCAGCGGUUGCAGUCUAAAGUGUUGAAACUAGUUGAUAUCUCGUAUGGUGGAGAAAAUGGAUUCAAUCAAGCAAUUGAAUUGUCCACUGAGGUCCUCUCCAACGUGAAAUUCAUUCAAGAGAAGAAACUAAUAGGCCGAUACUUCGAUGAAAUCAGUCAGGACACGGGGAAGUACUGCUUUGGCGUUGAAGAUACACUGAAAGCUUUGGAAAUGGGAGCAGUAGAGAUACUGAUAGUUUAUGAAAAUCUGGAUAUAAUGAGAUACGUUCUCCAUUGCCAAGGCACAGAAGAGGAGAAGAUUCUAUAUUUGACACCAGAACAAGAGAAAGAUAAAUCCCACUUCACAGAUAAAGAGACCGGCCAGGAACAUGAACUGAUAGAAAGUAUGCCCCUUCUGGAAUGGUUUGCUAACAACUACAAGAAAUUUGGAGCAACGUUGGAAAUUGUUACAGACAAGUCACAGGAAGGAUCCCAAUUUGUGAAAGGAUUUGGAGGAAUUGGAGGUAUCUUGCGGUACCGAGUGGAUUUCCAGGGAAUGGAAUACCAAGGAGGAGAUGAUGAAUUUUUUGACCUUGAUGACUACUAGGUAGUCGACCUGGGUCCGGCAAAACGUGCCUCACCCCUCCAGCAUCCAACCCAAGGAGCAAAUGGUGGAAAACACAACAGAUCCCUGCCUUAGAAUUGGAACAUUUCCAGAACUUGAUCCAUAAGCAUUGGAUUUAAAAAAACAAAACCCUACACUUUGAUUUGUCAUAGUGUCAGUACAGCAGCAAACUACUAAGUUCCUAUAUGCCACUUUGGACUAAUUUAAAAGAAUCCCAGUUUUUACUCUUACUCGAUGGUGAAAUUGGUUGCUCUUGUAUUUUAUGAAAAUGAUUUUUUUAACCGUCAUGAUACAUUAACUGCUGUAAACCUUCUUCCUUCAAAAAUUAAUAGAAGUAAGAUCAUACUGGUUUGUUUCUUUUAUUUUGAUUGGAGAAAAUCAAUUGCUGCAUUUUGCAGUGACAUGACCCAUUUACAUGGCAUUCUCAGUUUAGACUGCAGAAGAAAUGUAGUGAGAUAUUGGAGCCACUGUUUCUCUAUUUAAUGGAAGAAUAAGAGAAAAGGCACUCUGAGUGCCAGCUGACAAGGUGUGGCUGGAAGAUUCAGAUAGCUUGGGGAGCUGCUUUGACAAGCCAAACUCUUACCUUAAUCCAUUUUGCAAAAGCACUACUUGUACAAAUUAGGAAGCACACUUCCUUGAUUGCAAUGGAAAUGCUGCCAGAGUCUUAGGAGGCUUAAUUUGGGAACUGAGUGGUGUGGCCUUCACUCUUAUCAGUCUUGACAGAAAUAAACACAUGAUGUAAGGGAAGUAAAGUGGAACCCUUUUGGGUCUCUUUUUGGUAAGAUUUUAUUAUUUUUUUUGGUUUAGGACUGCAUAAAAUUUCCUUGAUUAUGUGAAUUUGAUUGUUGGUGAACCCAUAAAUGGAAGCAGGUAUUUCACAGGAGCAACUAACAAGAUGUGACUGUGAUUAAACCCUUGGCACUGGUGGAUUUGGAAAACUUGACGCUACUGUUGAACAUUUAGGUACCCCAUUGGGAAAUCCCAGCUCCCCAGCACCAAGGACUUCCUAAUGGAUCAGCAGGUGGUCAUGUACAUCUGAGACUGAACUCUAGUCUAGCCUUAGAAGUGGGUUCAAACUUCUGAUUUAUACCCAGACCCUCAAGCAAUGUCUUUGUAAUGCCUGUUAAUAGAAUGCAUUUCAAAACUGUAGAAAUGGUUACGUUUACCUAGAGCCAAAGGUUGAAAUCUGCAUUGGCACGAGACCUAAUGCACAGAGCUGACCUUUCUGUUCUCUUGGGAUAGCAGGUUUUCUGAUGAGUACUCUGACAUUUUAGUGCCUAACUGCUGUCCUUCACUGAUUCUUCCUCAGUCACUUUUAGCAUGUUGGUUGGAAGCAGCUUUUUGUUCCCAAGUGGCAUACUUGCAUAUCGUUCCAAUAAUCCUGUUUCACUUGAAUGGAGGGGAGUGUUUGUCUUAAAACAUAGCUUCUGACUGUCACACUAUACCCUAGAGGUCCAAAAUGACUGUCAAUGUGAGCAAUAUAACCUGUACUGCUGUUUUAUAACCCAGCAAACAGGCAGUGUUUGCCAUUGUCUACAACAGAUGUUCCCAUCAAAGCUGGAGUCUCCUAUGAAAGUUUUGCAGUUGGGUCUGCUAUAGAUUUGCACAAAACCCAAGCGCCAGUGAGUUUGCGGUCUUCGAAGCAGUAUGUUUGGAUUUUGCCAUUGUAAAUGGGUCUAAUGUGACAUGACAAGACCAGAAAAAUUGGAUGUAAAUUUACAUUUUUGAAUAUACUGCUUGUUGUUUCACAUGAUACAUUUAGGGUAUGCAGCUCCUUUUUGUAGUUUUUAUUUUUACUAUUUAAGUUUGGAAAUGAUGCCAAAUUUUUGUAUUUCUUUAAUCAAUGUGUUCUCUUUGGUGAUAUAUAUUGCAUUAUAUAUUGAUGUGUAUAUCAAUAUAUACUGAUAUGUAUUACACUUACACAUACAAACACAUUAAAAGGUGGGUGAGAAAUCCUAGCCUUCGCAUACUAUAUAGCCUCUGCAGAGGGAUCCCAAGCAGUGAUAUCUUGGUGUUGUGAUGUACAGAAAUGGAGAAGAGUAUUAAACCAUAUUUAAGAAUA